GACUACACUAUCUGCAAACAUGGCGAACCUUGUGGAGGCAACAUCCUCGCAGAAAUUUGAAGAUUUGCUAUCGAAGGCUGGCAAAUGCCUGUCAGUGGUGCACUUCCAGGCAUCAUGGGCUCCCCAGUGUGCCCAGAUGAAUGAGGUGAUGGCAGAGCUGGCCAAGGAGCACACUCACACCACCUUUGUCAAGCUGGAGGCUGAGUCCGUCCCGGAGGUGUCAGAGAAGUAUGAGGUCACCUCCGUUCCCACCAUCCUUUUCUUUAAGAGUGGUCAGAAGGUGGACAGGCUGGAUGGAGCUCACGCCCCUGAGCUGACCAAGAAGGUGCAGCGUCUGUCGGUGGGGGCGGGGGGAGGCCCGGAGGCCCAGGGGGAGGCCCCCCAGGAGGACUUGAACACACGUCUGAAGAAGCUGAUGAAUGCUGCGCCGUGCAUGCUCUUCAUGAAGGGGUCGCCCCAGGAGCCUCGCUGUGGUUUCAGCAGACAGAUAGUGCAGAUCAUGAAGGAGAACAAUAUCCAGUACAGCAGCUUUGACAUCCUGUCUGAUGAGGAUGUGCGCCAGGGUCUGAAGACCUUAUCCAACUGGCCCACCUAUCCCCAGGUCUACGUCAACGGAGAGCUGAUGGGGGGGCUUGACAUCAUCAAGGAACUAGCUGAAUCUGGAGAACUAGAAAACACCUGCCCCAAAACGGUCUCCCUGGAGCACAGGUUGAAGUCAAUCAUCAACAGGAGUCCAGUCAUGCUGUUUAUGAAGGGCAAUAAGGAGGCUGCCAAGUGUGGCUUCAGUAGACAGAUCCUGGAGCUCAUGAACAGCUCAGGGGUGGAAUACAGCACGUUUGAUAUCCUCCAGGACGAAGAGGUUCGCCAGGGCCUGAAGACAUACUCCAACUGGCCCACAUACCCUCAGGUCUACGUGAAAGGAGAGCUGAUCGGUGGACUGGACAUCAUCAAGGAGCUGAAUGAGACAGGAGAUUUGACCUCAGUCCUGAAUGGGGAGUCCUAGAAGCCCAGUUACUACAACAACAAAAAAGAGGGAACAAACUCUGACUGCACACGUGUCUACCUGCUUCUCUCUUCAGCCACUCACAUGGCUUCUCUUCAUCUCCCCAUCCAAUCAGGAGGCUGAUUUGAAGGCGAACGGGAGUGAAGAAAUCUUUACCACGCGUGUGUCUCCAGAAGAGCCUGUGUACAGAUAUAAAAACUAUGUCCAAUCUUGUUGACCUAAAUACAUUCUUCCAGCUAUUGGAAUAAAAAUAUCCAUCAAACGGU